AUAACUGGUCACCAUGGAAAGUCUAGUGAGGUAUCAAUCUGCCUCCAAAAUACAAACAAGAUAUUGGUAGUACUAUUGCUAUUGUUUGAGCACUGAAUUGUGUUUCAUGGCGGACAAAUUAGCUCUCCCUCUUCUACUACCAAACCCUCCCCCCUCUAAAUCUAUCUUCCAAUACCCACACCCCCACUUCUCUAACUCCACCACUCAACCUUUAGCUCCAUUCCUAAAUGACCUCUUUCACCACCAAAAUCCCAAUACUUCUCCUACUUCAACUUCCACUUCUAAUUCUCCCCAGAUUCCUCAAUCCCCAAUUUACCCUUCUCCUAUCCCCAGAACUCGACGGCGUAUUAUUGGCAAAGAACAUGAUUCCAACAGGGGCAAACCAUGGUCUCCUCAUCGCCUCUCCUCUCAAGGUGAGAAAACUCUUCAAACCCUAAUUGACCCGGAAUUUCAACUCCACAAUAUUAACCAAAUUUUGCUCAGUUUAUAUACUGACCAUCGUUUAGAAAGUUCUGAAUUAGAUACAGAGUCUUUGCCUUUUGAUAUCUUGGGUAUUAUUAAAGGUUUAGGUUACUAUAAAAAAUGUGACUUGGCAUUGAAUGUGUUUGAAUGGGUUCGAAAUCGACCCGAUUCUGGGGUUUUGUUAAAUGGGUCUGUUAUUGCUGUGGUUAUAAGCAUGCUUGGGAAAGAGGGUAGGAUUUCAGUGGCGUCAUCAUUGCUUCACAAUUUGCAUAAAGAUGGUUUUGGUAUCGAUGUUUAUGCAUAUACUUCUUUAAUCACUGCAUUCGCGCGUAAUGGGAGGUAUAGGGAUGCGGUUAAUGUUUACAAGAAAAUGGAGGAGGAUGGGUGUAAACCUACUUUAAUUACUUACAAUGUGAUUUUGAAUGUUUAUGGGAAAAUGGGUAUGCCUUGGAGUAGAAUUAUGGGUGUUUUUGAACGUAUGAAGAGCUCUGGAGUUGUUCCUGAUGCUUAUACUUAUAAUACUCUUAUUACUUGUUGUCGUCGGGGAUCUUUGUAUGAGGAAGCUAGGCAGAUUUUUGAGGAGAUGAAAUUAGGAGGUUUUUUGCCUGAUAAGGUUACGUACAACGCGUUGCUAGAUGUGUAUGGGAGGUCUAGGAGGCCGAAAGAAGCUAUGGAGGUUUUGCGAGACAUGGAGGUUAAUGGGUUUUUGCCUAGCAUUGUGACGUACAAUUCGUUGGUAUCUGCUUAUGCUAGGGAUGGUCUGUUGGAGGAAGCGAUGGAGCUGAAAGCCCAGAUGACACAUAAAGGGAUUAAGCCUGAUGUGUUUACGUAUACCACCUUGUUUUCCGGAUUUGAGAAGGCUGGGAAGGAUGAAUCGGCAAUGAGAAUAUUUGAGGAGAUGACAAGUGCAGGUUGUAAACCAAACAUCUGCACUUUCAAUGCACUUAUUAAGAUGUACGGAAACAGGGGAAAAUUUGCUGAAAUGAUGAAGGUUUUUGAUGAUAUCAAGACGAGUGGUUGUUCCCCAGAUAUUGUCACUUGGAAUACGCUCCUAGCUGUAUUUGGGCAGAACGGAAUGGAUUCAGAAGUUACUGGAGUGUUCAAAGAAAUGAAGAGAGCCGGAUUUGUAGCUGAGCGGGACACCUUCAAUACCUUAAUUGGUGCUUACAGUCGUUGUGGGGCUUUUGAUCAAGCUAUGGUCGUUUACAGGCGAAUGUUAGAUGCAGGGGUCAAUCCGGACCUCUCCACCUAUAACGCUGUUCUAGCAGCUUUGGCUCGGGGCGGGCUGUGGGAACAGUCUGAAAAGGUACUUGCAGAAAUGAAAGAUGGUCGUUGUAAACCCAACGAGCUAACGUACAGUUCCUUGCUUCAUGCGUAUGGUAAUGGGAAAGAGAUUGACAGGAUUCAUGCUCUUGCAGAAGAUAUAUACACUUCUGAAAUCCAACCUCAUGCUAUGCUUCUGAAGACCCUUGUAUUAGUUUAUAGCAAAAGUGAUCUUCUAGUGGAGACUGAACGAGCUUUUUUGGAGUUAAAAAGUAGAGGUUUCUCGCCAGACAUAACCACCUUAAAUGCCAUGCUUUCAAUUUAUGGUCGGAAGCAAAUGGUUACAAAGGCAGCUGAGAUCAUGAACUUCAUGAAAGAUAGUGGUUUCACUCCUAGCUUGACAACUUACAAUAGUUUGAUGUACAUGUACAGCCGGUCCAGCAAUUAUGAGAAAUCAGAACAGCUACUAAUGGAAAUUAUAGGAAAAGGAGUCAGGCCUGAUGUUAUUUCGUACAACACAGUGAUAUAUGCUUAUUGCAGAAACGGUCGGAUGAGAGAUGCCUCACGAAUAUUUACAGAAAUGAAGGAUUCUGGAAUUGUUCCUGAUGUGAUCACAUAUAAUACCUUUGUUUCAAGGUACGCAGCUGAUGCAAUGUUUAUUGAUGCCAUUGAAGUGGUUCGUUACAUGAUCAAGCAAGGUUGUAAGCCAAAUGAUAGCACAUAUAACUCCAUUAUAGAUUCAUAUUGUAAACUCAAUAGAAGAGAUGAAGCUCUAGCUUUUAUUAACAACCUCCGUAAGCUUAAUCCUCAUGUUUCUAAAGAGGAAGAGACUAAAUUAUCAGAGCGAUUGAUGAAGAAAUGAGUUUUCUUUUUUGAUGGAAUUACAGUUUAGUAUCAAUAGCGUUUUGCUGUAUUUAUCUCUUCCAUUUUCCUUGUUAUACUUGUAUACUGCGGAAAUAUGAGCAGUGUGCUAAUUGUUGUAUAUAGAAUUUUUAUUACAAUGUUGGAGACUUCUAUUAGAACAGAUUCACAUAGUUAUACAAUGAUGAAAAUUUUGAAG